UUGAGACCGCUAGGCCUUGAAACUGCAUUUCCUGGUUCCCACUUGGGCCAAGAACGACACCUGAUCUUGGGGGAUUGUGAAAUGGAAUGAGGUGGCAGCCGGACCUCGGCAUCCUCUUGUCACCACCCAGUCCCCCUCCCCUCAGCUGGUUCCCUCCCCGCCCUCGCCUCCGCCCCAACUUUCAAGCUCUCACUGUUUAAAUACCCCACGGGGAAGUUCAUAGCUAGAUCUUCUGUAGCACCACAAUGGCCCGCAAGCUCUUCCCAAUCUCGGUGUUCUUGGGCAGCCUCUUCCUCUUGUCCCUCCUAGACCUGACCCCUUCCAAGAGUCUCGAGACUCUAAUAAUUAAGGAUGGCCUGUGCCCAGAGAUUCAGGAAAGGUACGACUGCGUGGAAGAGUGUGGCUCCGACGCAGAGUGUCCCGACGUCCGCAAAUGCUGCCAAGGUCCCUGCUCGAAGAUCUGCGCGAUCCCCAAUGAGAAGAAGGGUAAAUGCCCUCCUCUUGGCCAGACGAUCACUAACCUGGCAGUUUGCAACAAGGGCUGUAAUAAUGACACUGACUGUAAAGGCUCACUCAAAUGCUGUAUCAAUGGCUGUGGAUUUGAAUACUGCCUUGAACCUAUAUAUGAGGUCUGACAUGAGUCAUUAAGUUGUAACCAAAGUCAUCCUGAUGCUGAGAGCUCCUGGAAUCUUUAAAGUUAGCCAAGUCACACGACCUUCUGCCACUUCCUGAUGAGCUGCUGGAGCUCAAGGCUUCUGGACCAGCUUUCCUUGGAUCUGGUUAUCACCCUUGUUUUCUAUCAGCAGCUGGACAAAACCCAAGAGUAUAGAACAUUGAUCUAUACUCUGCUCUCUCUUCUUCUGGAUCUGGGAACUCCAUGCUGAAUCAGCCCAUCCAUUCCCUGUUGGGCUUCAAGCUUCCUCUCUGGGGCUGACCAUGCCUAGCCAGUACAUCAAUAAAAAGAUUGGUCCCUCUA